UUGCCAUUGUCGCCACACACGACACAACUUUUAAUACAAUUUUGAGGCCAACUUCAUUUUGAAUAUUCAAUUCGUAGCGUAAACAUGAGUUCGGAAGUUAUUGCUUUAAUUAUUAUAAAUGAAGUUUUAGCGGAAGAAGAAGAACAGGAGCAAAAAAGAAUUCGGAAAAAAAGAAAAUGGUGUAAAAUGUGGUUGCAAAAUAAAAAUGAAUUUUCAAAUAACAAGCUUUUGAAGACGUUGAGAGAAACCGAGCCAAAGGACUACAAGAAUUACAUGCGCAUGAGCGAUGAAGUGUUUUAUGAUCUUCUCUUGAAAGUGAAAGUUUUUAUUGAAAAAGAAGACACAAUAAUGCGAGAAGCAAUUAGUGCAGAGAAUCGUUUGGCAAUAACUUUACGAUUUUUGGCUACGGGAAACUCAUUUGAAGACCUAAAAUUUUCAACAGCAAUAUCUGCGCAAGCGAUUGGUAAAAUUGUAAUUGAGACGUGCAAGGCUAUUAUAAAAGUUCUAAAAGACUCAAUUAAGGUGCUUCCUAAAACACCUGAGCAAUGGAUGGCUGUAGCUGAUCAAUUUUAUGAGAAGUCGAUGUUUCCCAACUGUCUAGGCGCGCUCGAUGGAAAGCAUAUAAAUAUUUCACGUCCUUCUAACUCCGGUUCAUUUUAUUUCAAUUAUAAAAAGACAUUCAGUAUUGUCUUGUUGGCAAUUGUUGACAGCAACUCCAACUUUUUAAUGGUAGAUGUAUGUAGGUGCAAAUGGACGAAUUUCCGAUGGAGGCGUUUUCGGAAAAUCGAAAUUUUUCAAAAAGUUGAAAAGUGGAAGUUUAAAUUUACCGGAACCACAAGCAGUGCUUGCAGACGAAGAUUCACUCCCUUUUGUGUUUGUGUCGGAUGCGGCUUUCGCUUUGAGGAAAAAUGUUUUAAAACCAUUUGGUCACAACAAUUUGUCAGAGAAUGAAAUGCUGUUUAACAAAACUCUGAGCUCAGCACGGGUUAAAGUUGAAAACGCUUUUGGUAUUUUGGCAUCGCGUUUUCGACUUCUUCAAACGACAAUAAAUUUAUGUCCUGAAAAAGUUACUACAGUUGUUCUUGCCUGUUGCUACUUACACAACUACUUACGGUGCCAGUCCAACUCAAAUCGAUUUGAA